AUUAAAUUCAUGAAAAUGGAGAAAGCUUUCACUCUGGUUCAGACAAUUGCCGCUGCAACUGUCUUCUCUGCCGUCUCCGGCUGGUACGGCUUCAUGUUUGGAAGAGAGUCUGCUCGCAAAGAGCUUGGAAGCUUAAUCGAAGACCUUCGCCGCCAGAAUCCCAAUUCCGAUCCACCUCAUUCCUGACUUCAUUGGGGUCAUGGCAUAAGGUGGGCAGUGUGGAAAUCCCUUCAUUUGUUAAAGCUUGAGAAAACAUUGUCUUAAGGCCGUACUGGUAAACUCCUUCGGUCAUCAUCGGCUGUUUUCAGGUCAACUUACCUAUCCUUGACAACGGAGUGUGCGAACCCUGUGGAGUUUAGAUAUUAACUUUAAAACCUUUGUAUGCUGACUUGCACUGAAGAUUACAACUCUCUGCUGUGACGUAGUUGUUAUUCAAGAUGAAUAAAUUAGAUAAUGUAGUUGCUGUUGAUCAUACUCUUUGGUGUUUCAAAUUAAUGAAGUGCAUUCUGUGAA